AUGAAUCAAGAUGACGGUGUGUUUGGUGAUACAGAUGAAGUGAAGUCAGUAUCAGUGACUGAGGGAGAUUCUGUCACUCUAAACACUGAUGUUACUGAAGUACAGAGAGACGAUCUGAUACUGUGGAUGUUUGGACCUAAAGAGACUCGAAUAGCAGAAAUCUAUAAGCAAAACAUUGAUAUGUAUGACAAUAAUGAGACAUUUGGAGACAGACUCCAGAUGGACAGUCAGACUGGAUCUCUGACCAUCAGAAACAUCAGAUCCGCAUAUCACACUGGACUUUAUAAACUAACCAUCAUCAGCAACAAAGCAACUUCAUACAAGAGAUUCAGUGUUACAGUCUAUGCUCUUCUUCCCAUUCCCAUCAUCACCAGAGACUCUUCUCAAUGUUCUUCAGGAUCAUCAUCAGUGUCUAGAUGUUCACUGCUGUGUUCAGCUGUGAAUGUGAGUGCUGUGACUCUCUCCUGGUACAAAGGAAACAGUUUAUUGUCCAGCAUCAGUGUGUCUGAUCUCAGCAUCAGUCUCUCUCUACCUCUGGAGGUGGAAUAUCAGGAGAAAAACACCUACAGCUGUGUGCUCAACAAUCCCAUCAGAAACCAGACCACACAUCUGAACAUCACUACUCAACUCUGUCACACGUGUGCAGGUAAUUCAACAGUAGUCAGUGUCUAUUAACUGAAUUUCUCUGUUUAAUCAAGUAUAUAGAUAGAAUAUUUCCUUUGUUUGUUCUGGGUCUGUAAAUGCACUGUUGAUGUGAGGCCAAGGGUAACAGCUCUCUUUCCAUUUUAGAAUGGUUUCUUGUAAAUAAAGUCCUUGCUGCAUGUGUGUCUGCUGUAGCUCUGGUUGUAGCUCUCGUGAGUGUGAUGUACUUUCUCUGCAGGAAAUGCAGAAGAGCGGCACAAAAAAGAAAUGGUUUUGAACCUACAGUGGAAACGGUCCAGACAGAAGAUGAAGAGGUGCAAUAUGCUGAAACUGCAUUUUCUAGACAAAAUGAUAAGAAAAAGAAAACUAACGGGACAGAGGAAACAAUAUACUCCAGGAUUGUCAUGAGACACUGAUCAAACUGUUGUAUUUAUGUUGUCUGGGUUUGUCUACUAACCAGGCAUUCGAUUAGAGAAGAAGAAGAUAAAGAACUCAAAAGCCUGUGUUUUAUGAAAGUCUAAAUCAUUCAUGAAGCAAAAGCAUGAACCUGAUUUGAGGACGCCCCCUGGUGGUAGAAAUAUGUCACUAUUUUGGUAUCAAGAUUUUCUAUUGCACUGACAUCCCAUGUCACAUAAUGCUAUUCAUUAUUGAUUCAUGCUUAAUAUUAAAAAAUGAUGUGCAAUCCUUUCUUGAGUUUAACAAGCCUCCUCUGACUUUGAUAUGAUAUUUGAAUGCUGUUAUUUUCCCCCAGAGCAUGAAUGUUAAGAGCUCUUUUAAGCCCACCAUUUUCUUCCAACCUGCUGUUAAUUUUAUGAGUUUUUGGACUGGUUCCAGAUUAAUGAGCUCUAAUGCUGGAAUCUGUUCAAUGCUAUUUGAGAUUUGAGAUGUUUAUGAGAUGAGUUUGAGCUCAGCAAUGCAUGUUGUAUACUGUAGACUUGUGGAUUUUUGUGCUUAACAAAAUAAUAAUUACCAUAAAAGUAUUUUAUAAAGUUUUUGUUAGUUUGUCUGGGGUUUAAUGCAUAACUGAUUAUAUAAUUUUGUAAACAUUUUGUAUGUUUUGUAUAUUUUCAUGUUUAAUUUUUGUACUGGCUAUAGAUAUUUUCUGCAUAAAUCAUUUAUUAUUAUGUUGGUUCUAUUUCCUUGGCUUAACCGCCAGAGGGCGCAACAAAGUGGAAAAUCUUCCUGUCCUUCCCUUUGUCGAGAACCUAAUAUCAAAGCUGUCACCUCGUGACCUUAGUGACGUGUCUG